UUAUUUUUGAUGUGUGGACAGCAGCUCCCGUUCACAGCGCCGCGCCAGUUUGCGUCUUUGCUUGGAUUUGGAUCUUGGUUGGGCUCCUGACGCGCUGCUCUGCGGUCCGGCUCUGAGCUGCUUGCAGACCUUUGGCAAGAAAGUUUUGAAUCUUCUGACUAAAAGAGCUUGAGAACUGAAGACAAUGUCAGGAUCGAUACCGUUCUACCAGAAACACCACCGCCAUUAUGAUCGCGGCUACCGUAGCCGAGAGACGGAGUCUGCUAUCAGCCAAUACCAGCAGAGCUCUAAUACUUACUCUUCACAUAGCAGCAAAAGCACCAAGGGCAUCAGAGCUGCCACAUACAUGGCUCUAGAUGAGGGUGGGCUGAGCCCUCUGCCCAAGAGAGCCAAACCAACCUAUCUGGCCAUGGACAAGGAGAACCAGAUCAUCGGUUAUGUGGUGCCCAUCUUCAGGGGCAGUCAUGAGUUUGAAAGCGGCCUAUCAGACACUGAGGAAGCGCGCGCAAAAGAGAGCGCCGGGUAUCUGGCUCGCCGUGACCUCUUCGCUAGAGGCAUGGAGUCGGAGCGCGUCGAACACAAGUCCCGCAGAACCGUCGUGAGGGAGUCUGCAGAGCGCAUCUCGCUUAGCAAGAGGAUCCAUGAGAACGAAGAGUACCAUAAGCGUCUGAACGAGGACAGCCUGAUGCACACGCCCGAGUUUGUGAUCAAGCCACGAUCUCACACUGUUUGGGAGAAACAGUGUGUGCGGCUGCACUGUACCAUCUCAGGAUGGCCUGAACCACGCGUUGUGUGGUACAAGAACAAUGUUAGCAUUGAUCCAAUGGCCAAGCCAGGGAAGUACAAAGUGGAGAGCAGCUACAGCGUCCACGCCCUGGAGAUUAACAAGUGUGACUUCGAUGACACUGCACAGUAUCGUGUGUCGGCCAUGAACAGCAAGGGCGAGACCUCUGCUUUUGCUUCUGUUGUCGUCAAAAGAUUCAAAGGAGAAGUUGAUGAGUCUCUGCCGUCUCCCAGACUCCAAAGCAGAAAGUUCGGCUUCGAAGCACUUUGUCUGGAGUACGGCGUGAAAUUCGAGACGCACAUUGUGGAGAAGUUUGGUGUGUCUUUUGGACUUGAGGGUGAGACGCUGAGUUUCGGCUGCUCUGUUAUCAUCUACCCGUCACUGCAGCGCUUCCAGCCUGAGAUAGAGUGGUACAGAGAUGAUAUCCCAUCAGCCCCAGGCCGUGUGGUUCCCACCCGCAAUACAGACACAUCUGUGGUGGUUUCAUGGGAAGCUUCACGUGACGUUAAAGAGCUGGUGGGCUACUACAUUGAGAGCAGCAUUGCAGGGAGCAACACUUGGGAGCCAUGCAACAACAAACCAGUUAAAUGCACAAGAUUUAUCUGUCAUGGCUUAACCACAGGCGAGAGUUACGUUUUCCGGGUAAGAGCCGUCAAUGCUGCGGGAAUCAGUGAAUUCUCACAAGAAUCAGAAGCCAUUACAGUUAAAGCUGCUAUUGCUUCACCCACUCCACCCUACGGCAUCACUGUGCUGGAGUGUGUGCGGGACUCGAUGGUACUAGCCUGGAAACAGCCCACUUUCAUCGGUGGCGCUGACAUCACUGGUUACUUCGUUGAUUACCGUGAGGUCAUCGGAGGAGUUCCAGGAAAAUGGCACGAGGCGAAUAUUAAGUCUGUUAGUGAGAGAGCUUAUAGAGUUUCAGAGCUUAAAGAAAACAUGCUGUACCAGUUCCAGGUACGUGCUGCCAACAUGGCUGGUGUGGGCAUCCCGUCUCUUCCCAGUGAGACAUUCAAGUGUGAGGAGUGGACUAUAGCUGUACCGGGACCACCCCAUGACCUCCAAGUACAGGAGGUGCGUAAGGACUCUCUGGUCUUGCUCUGGAAACCGCCUGUCUACCAGGGUCGUGAUCCUGUCAAUGGAUACUACAUUGAUAUCAAAGAGGCUGACGCAGACUUUGAGAUGUGGAGAGGAGUCAAUGAGAAAGCUACUGACAAGACAUUCAAGAAGAUCAAGGAUCUAAAGGAGGGGGAAUCGUAUGUUUUCCGUGUGCGCGCUCAGAACAAAGCUGGUGUAGGAAAAGCAUCAGAUCCAACAGAACCAGUUGAGGCAGUGACUAAACCAGGAACUACCGAGAUAGUUGUGAAUGUUGACGAUGACGGCGUCAUUUCACUGAAUUUUGAGUGCUCUAACCUCACCGCUGACUCCAAAUUCGUCUGGUCCAAGAACUACAUGGAAAUGACAGAACCUGAACGCAUGACCUUAGAGACCAAGGGUAACAAAUCCAAAGCCAUCUUUAAAACACCUUCAGAAGAAGAUCUGGGUAUCUACUCUUGUUUCGUGACACACACUGAUGGAGCCUCUGCCAGCUACACACUCUCUGAGGAAACUCUAAAAGAACUCCUGAAGAUCAGCCACGACCACAAAUUCCCCAGAACUACCGAGAUAGUUGUGAAUGUUGACGAUGACGGCGUCAUUUCACUGAAUUUUGAGUGCUCUAACCUCACCGCUGACUCCAAAUUCGUCUGGUCCAAGAACUACAUGGAAAUGACAGAACCUGAACGCAUGACCUUAGAGACCAAGGGUAACAAAUCCAAAGCCAUCUUUAAAACACCUUCAGAAGAAGAUCUGGGUAUCUACUCUUGUUUCGUGACACACACUGAUGGAGCCUCUGCCAGCUACACACUCUCUGAGGAAACUCUAAAAGAACUCCUGAAGAUCAGCCACGACCACAAAUUCCCCACAUACUUAUCCAAAGCCAUCUUUAAAACACCUUCAGAAGAAGAUCUGGGUAUCUACUCUUGUUUCGUGACACACACUGAUGGAGCCUCUGCCAGCUACACACUCUCUGAGGAAACUCUAAAAGAACUCCUGAAGAUCAGCCACGACCACAAAUUCCCCAUGUUCAAGCAGUUACAGAAGGAAUCGGAGUUCCAGAAAAAAGAAUGGGUUAGGAAACAAGGUCCACACUUCGUGGAGUAUCUCGGUUAUGAAGUCACACCUGAGUGCUGUGUGAGACUGAAGUGUAAGGUUGCUAAUAUGAAGAAAGACUCUGUGGCGCUGUGGUAUAAAGAUGGACGAGAGAUCAAGGUCAAUGAGAAACUGGAUUUCUCUGAAGGAGUGUUGACUUUGGAGAUCGCUCAGAUCUCCAGAAAGGAUGCUGGUAUAUAUGAAGUAGUUCUGAAGGAUGACCGAGGCAAAGACACCUCCACCCUCAACCUCACUGACCAAGGAUUCAAAGACCUGAUGAACCAGGUUUUCAGUGUUAUUGCGAACUCCUCCACUCCACUGAAGAUCCAGAGCACAGAGGAGGGCAUCAGGCUUUACACCUUCGUCAGCUACUACAACGACGAGCUGCAUGUCACCUGGCAUCACAAGUAAGAACACGUGACUGUGUUUAAAG